AUGGCGGCUGAGGACUCCAAUGAUAAGAACGGAUCCGAUGAAGGCUCUGGAAGAGCUUCUAAGGGGUCAUUUGUGAAGAAUACGGUGAAGAGAGGCUUCUUAGGCAGCACCAAGCGUUCUUCGGACGCCGAUCGUGCCACCUCCAAGAAUGUUGUAAAACCCAAGACAGACGAUGUCAAACCGGGGGCGGAUGUGACUAAUGACAAGAAAGACGAUGUUAAAGCUAACAAGGAGGUAGCAGGGCCUUCCAAAGACAAGGAUGUACCUGCUAAGGACACAGUAGACACUGCCGAGAAGUCCGUAUCUUCGAAGGCCAAAACCGAACCAAGGCCUACAUCUGUCGACACUAAAGCAACUCGGAAUGCACGUGCCAAAUUCCUCGCGGAGAAAUAUGAGAAGAUUAUUGCUGCCCGUCACACUGUGGAGGCAUCCGCAAAUCGUGCUUUGGAGCGUGUAUCGCAGGCGGUGCCAAGAACACUACCGGUUGCUGCCGAGAAUGCUUCUAGGGGUACCAAAUCUGCCAGCCCUGUCGUAGAAUUCCCGGCCCCCAGUCCCAGACUACAAACCCAAUCAACAAGAUCAAAAAUACAUACUCUUUCUGAGACAUUGGCCACUGAUGCCGCUGCCACGUCUAGUGGCCGAUCGGCUCCAGUUCAAGUCAUUAUUAGCGAUUCAUCGAGCCAGAGCACCCAGGAUGCAGCCCCGCGACGUCGUAAUGUCAAUGUUUUUGGUAUGCCCCGUGGUUCGUGUGUAAUUCGUACUGAGGCGAAGGCAACGCUAUUCCCAGGCAAGCUAAUUUGGACGUUUAGUUCCACGUUGCUAAUGACAGUGCUUUUCAUAUAUCAGCUUUUCAUAAACAGGACGACGUUCAAUGGUCGUUGUGUCGGAGAAGUUGAUUACAGCACUGCUGAGGGAAGCAAGCCGUUUGUCUCUCCUUUGGGUUUCGUCGCAUGCGAAAACAACUUGAAAACAACAGUGGCACAGCGUGGUUUACUGGGUGCGGCUGCGAGCGAUGACGGUUACCCGGAGACCAUUGUAAAAGAAGGUCGGAAGGGUUAUUCGAAGGCAUCUAGUGAUGGCCCGAAUUUCCGUAUCGGUAUAAUCGUGGGCUCUCAAUCUGCCAACCACAUUCGCCAUUAUGGUGAGUCUUAUCGGCUCUGGACAUCUAUCUUCCUCCAUGGUGGUAUUUGGCACAUUUUGUUCAAUGGGCUAUUGAAUCUUCAACUUCUCUACAUCGUUGAGCCUGAUUGGGGUUUGCUUCGUACUGUCGCUGUAUACAUGCUGGGAGGUUAUGGAGCUAAUUUGGUACACUCCAGUAUGUCUCCUUGCUAUCCCAGUUGGGGAGCUUCGGGUUCUUUGUUCGCCAUGUUUGGUGCCCUGAUUCCUUACUGUGUGGAGCAUUGGUAUGAGUUGCGUGCGCCCGGGGUACUUACGUUCCUCUCCUUCAUGUUUCUUUCUUUUGAGAUUAUUAUGCCGGCCAAGAAUGCCAGUAGUCACGCCCAUUUGGGUGGAUACAUGUUUGGUUUCUGUCUUGGUUUCUUAACUCUGAAAUCAACCCUUUUGUUCGACCGCGGAGCAUUAUAUCACCGUUUCGUGUUAUACACGUUUGCGCCGUGGUUGCCAGAUGAGACCUUAGAGAAAUACCAGGCUGCAGUUCGUAAAGCUACACAAGCUGAGGAAAUAGCUCGUAUAAAAUACGAGCAGGAGGCUAAAAAUCGUGCUAACCGUUUAAGGGCCGUGAAGCGUUUUUUCCGUAUUUACCCGUUUGGCCCAUAUCGUAUGCGUCUACGUGACAUUUUGAUUAGAUUGUUAUUCUUAUGUAUUACGAUUGGAUUGUUUACCUACUUCUACGUGGCCACCUUCAACGAAAGUGUAUACAGCAAGUUAAGCCGCGAAUCAACGCGGUUUUUCUCUUCCGGUUGUUUCUGCGGUUAUCUUAAAAAGGCAGCAACUAAUGAGACUAUUAAGAAACAAAUUGGCAAUUUAGCUGGGAAGUUCCACUGUUUCCAGACUGAAGGUGGAAGGAACUCUUACUGCGACUGA